GCUAACUGUACCAUGUCUAUUAUUCCAACGCUUCGAAACAAGUGAAAUAACUGAUGAAUUGAAAUCGAGAAGCUUUAAUUAUCCGGAUUGGUCUAUGAUACCCUAUAUCUUGCCUCAUGGCAUCCAGAAGUGACUCCGCGGGGUCUGCCCGUCCGCGAUCUCGUCGCUCGAUCGCCCAUGUACCCCGAUCGAGGUUCACAUCUGGAGUGGAUAAGGAGAAUACAACUACAGACAUAAGUUCAAGUCAACCGGUCCUGGGCUCCGCAAGACUGGGCGGGAAAGAUAAGAAGUCCCGCAGUAAAAGCUUGGGACCUGGUGGUUUAGAUGCGCUUCAGAACUCCAACGGUAACCGACGCAAGUCCACUACAGCAUUCCCUCUCAAAUCUAUUCUAAAACCCACCGUGCCCGUUUCGCCAGUGCGAAACAUCCCCUCUUUCGAAGAAACACGGAGGCGAACACCAGCUCGAGGAUCACAGCAUCAUGAAGACAAUGAAGGUGGGGGAAGCCAGGGGAAAGAGGGCAUGUUGAUAGACCUUGGCACCCCAGCACAGCCAUCCGGGUCUAUAAAUGAAUCCAACCCAUUCGACAGCUUUAAUGCCUCAUCAAUACGUGACGAGAUGGCCGCUGCUAGAGAGCGUGACGAGAAGAACAGGCGGGAGCGGGAGCGGAAGGCCAUUCUAGAACAGCGGGAAGCCCGCCGGAAGUCUAUGGCAAACCGCCGAGUAUCAUUCGCUCCGGAGGCAACAUUACACACAUGGAACGUAGUGGAAAUUCCCGACGACUCUACUUCAUCGUCUACCUCCAACUCCACCCGACGCGCAUCUUCCUUAACUUCUGAGAACCAGGCAACACCUGCUGCCGGACAGACUGAACCUCCCUUGUCCCCGGACGCCGAAAUCGAGUCGGACAUAGCAUUUUCUCCUGUGCAAUACCCAGAUCUUCAACAGUUGGCAAACCGACCUCAAUACGGAACUUAUGAUGGAAUGGGUGGCUCCCAGCAAAUGUCCUCUAGCCCCUUCAGCGGCAGCUCUGCAGAUGGCAGUGAAGAUAUUGGGCUGCAAGCUGAUACUAGAGAUGACGACGAGGAGGAUGACGACAACUCUUCAAUCUCUGGUUUUGACGGUGAAAGUACUGCAAUGAGCCUAGAUGAUGUAACUGCUCACUCAGCUGCGACGGUGCGAUCCGAGGAAUCGAAUACCAGCUCUAGCGCUCGACUCAAUGAGGCUCUUCGACAAGCAGCUCGAGAGGCCGGCACGAAGAGCAUCGAUGACGAUGAGAACGGCGACAUGUCAAUGGAGAUUGCCGAUCAGGAAAUCACAGGGGCUUUCCAACCCUGGAUUAAGAAAGGACAGAGACAAAGCUUUGACUGGGAAGACAUCAGCGCCCGGCAUGAUCAAGAGAAUGCGUAUCCAACGGACCACCCAGACCGUGAUGCGGCAAGUGACAACGGAGAUGAAGACAUGAGCAUGGAAGUGACGAAUGCCAUUGGCCGGAUCAUCUCCAAACCGGCAAGCCGUCGUCAAAGCGCCAUCCGUCGCAAGUCAAGUGGAGAGGAAACAAACUACGGCGAACAAACGAUGGAGCUCACAAAUGUGGUUGGAGGCAUCGCACAACCUACUUCCCCUGCGGAGUCCACAGGCGCCGAUAGUAAUGCAAACGAGAACGAAGAGAUGACAAUGGAAUUUACUUCCGUAGUUGGUGGGCUUUUGGGCAAGUCUUCCACCCAAGAUGAGGAUGAGGACGACUACGGGGCUGCUGGGUCUUCUGCUCCGGAAGACUCCAACGAACGGAACUUCUCCGAAUGGAACGAGGACGGCGUAAUAGAAGAUGGCGAAGAUAUGGAGAUCACUGGGGCCGUUGGUGGUAUACUUCCACCGAAUGAGGAGCGAGAUGAACCAGGGGAGGAGGAGGAUGAUGAUAAUGAUGAUGAUGAUCAGACUGCAGGGAUGGAAGUCACUACAGCCAUGGGUAGGAUAUUAACACCGGAGGCCGAAGCCGGUGGUAAAGAGGAAGCAAAGGAAGACAUGGAAAUGGAAUUUGAUUCCGCUGAGCGCGGUAGUUCUCCUUUCCAAGAAUCCGUUCGACAGUCUCCUGUGAAGUCACCAGGCCCCUUCCAUGUUACUACAGUGACCUCGGAGAGUGGCAGUCCUAGUUUGGCAAGUGUCAGAUCCCGACAUACAAGGCAGAGUCUGAGUCAAGGACCUUCGAGCACUCCAACCUCAACUACCCCUAAGAUGUCCCCGUCGGAGAACUCGUUGACUCCCACGAAGCAAUCGGCACCGCAAGUUGGUCGUCCUACAACGCUUAGAAAAACUCCGCCAUCAAGUGCCAAGGGAUUUAGAAACGCGUCACCGAAGAAGCUCUUUCAACCUGAACUGCAGGAGUCCGCAAAUAAAUCGAAGUCGCCCCGUAAAAGCCUUUUCGGAAACAGUGCGACGGGCGAAUCCACGCCUCUCUUCGUUCUGCAACCGAAAAGCAAGAGGCGAUCAUCUGGACUUGGGAUUGAUAAAGAAGGACUAGGGUCCCCCAAGGUAGCUGCUAUGCUUGAUAAGCGCCGGUCUAUUGGCGAAGAUAGUGCUGAAUUCGUUCCUCAGGAACGGCAACAAGGUGUACGAUUCGAAGAUCCUUUGAAGCUUCAAGAGGAGGUUGAUCGUGAGCGCGAAGAAGAAGAAAGCCGCGAGGAUGGACAUAUCCCACCGCUGCAAGGUAAUGACCGAGAUGCGACUACAAACCUGAGGGAUAUGAUUUCAAGUCUCACACCGAAGAAGAACAAACUUGCAGGCCGGAAAAGCUUACACGUCGGUGCGGCGCGGGGCUUACUUGGUAAACGGCCUAUGGAACUGGACUUACCUGACGACGAAUCUGACCAUACACCCAAGCGCCUAAGAGGUCGUGAGGCUAGCCCUGUAAAGAAUAUCAGACUCCCCGCACCACCGACAAAAGACGAAACAGUCGGACGUCUGGGCCGUUCCCCUGCCCCCCCAUCAAUUGAAAGAUCCCCGGCAAAGACUAGCACAACCCCUACGAAGGUGCCGAGGGGCUCCUCGGUGAUGGUAAACCCUACAGAAGAUGAACCAACUUCGUCCAAUGGCACAUCCACUUCUGAGCCAGCUCAAGAAGCUCUCGAUCGCCAGGAAGAAUCCGGGCCCGAAGUUGAGCCUAUCCAGUUGCAAGAAUUCUUGAACAUGACCAACAUUCACUUCAUGGAGCUUACCACGACGAAGCGUCGACAUACCACUGCGCCGGACAGUGCGACCAAAAGAAGAUCCAGACUUUCUAGCGAAAAGUUUAGUGCCUCCAAGUUUGACGAUUGUGUCGCUGCUGGCUUCUGUACCGUACCCAUGCUAGAGCUUUAUCAACAUUCUUGCCGAGAGUUGAAGUCCUAUAUCUCAGAAGGUAGGCAAGUUAUCCGGUCCAUCGAGAUGGAGACCUAUGCCGAGAACCCGCCAUUAUUCCGAGAAUACAUGGCCGCCCCUCCCGAUAUCCGUCUAUUAAUGGACAAUCAAUUUCGAAACGUAAAAACUCACGCUAGGCUUCUUAGCAAAGCUACUUGGUAUGAGUGGCGGAUGAAGCUCCUCGAGGGUCUGAAAGACGGGCUUAAUCACCACGUUGAAGAAAUGAGAAGUGAUGAUGAACUUUUGUCGAAGCAUGAGACACUCCUUAGCGGUGUGGUGCCCGCGCUUGUCGAGAAACAUUCAUCACUUGAGGAAAAGGCUACAUCUCUGCAGCAGUUGGCGGACGAGAUUGAGAGUUGCGACCAGGAUGAACUCCGUGAUGCGCGCGGGAAACUCUCUAGCAUUGAGGAGGAGAUUGCAUCAAAGAAAAAGCUACUUGAAGAACUACAAGUCGAAGCCCAGGAAAAGACAAACAUUAUCGAAGCCGGAGCGGAGCUUAAAGCGGAAUACUUGGGCCAAAUCCAAGAGGCGGAACGGAUUAAGGAGGAAUGUCGGGGCUGGAGUGCCAAGGAGAUUAGUGAGUUGAAGGAAUCCGUCCAUAAGGUGGAAUGUCAGACAGGAUGGUCUAUCAUCUCGGCCACUUCCCCUUCCACUUCCCCAGCAGGUCCAUUGGUGACGAUGUCUUAUCGCAAUCAGCUCCAACUUUCGUUCCACCCGGGGGCAUUCUUUAUUGAUAAUGGCAACAGCCAACAUCCUGCUACUAACGAGAAAAUGCCGAUUGAGUUGAAACACAGCCCUCAAGGCAGAACAAACUCUAUAGCCCAUUCCUAUACGCUCUCGCCGAUAGGGUUGUUAGUCUUGAAGUCUCUUCAAAAUGAGCUUGCAAUCAUCCCACAGUUUAAAACGGCUCCAAAGCAGAUGCUCCAUUUUGUGGCGCAAGCGUGGGAUCUUGUGCUCAAUCUCGAAGAGGAAGCCCGUAUGCUGGGAUUCUGCGGUGCUACCAAGCUCAAGUUCUCCGAGAUUGAUGCAAAACCCUCCCUCAGGGCGAGAUGCACUCUGCUCGAACUAUCAUCUGGAAAGGGAUCCUCAAAAGCAAAGAGUACAGGAGCCAGAAGAGUCGAUGUUGACUUUGCUGUCAAGACACGUGUGCAAAAAGGAAACUCUGGUGGUGUUGGUGUUCUAGCAUUCGAGACCGAUGUGAUUGCCAGUAAGGUCUAUGGAUUUGGAACUAAAAAUAGCUCCGGCAUGUCUGAGGAUGAAAUGCGAAAACUUCUUCGUAAGGAGCUCGGGGAGAAGCCCGGGCGCGACCUCGGAAACGGUAUUUGGAGCAAGGCAGUUCAAACACUUACCGGGACAGUAUUUUAAUUAUGAGCAACGGCAUAUGGCGUCUUCAGGAUCGUCGGGUUUGGCUUUAUUUCUUUUGCGCGCGAGUAGGGUGACGGUGUUUGAGUGCAAGGCUUGGGAGUUUACCAUGGGUUCUGGAUGGGUAAAUAUCUUCGGUGGGAACGGGUUUGUACAUGGAUAUGAUAUGUGGAUACAUUUACAAGUA